AUGGCGGCUUAUGCAGCUCUCCUUUCUCUGACUCACACCAUAGACCAGAUCCAAAAUCAUCCUCGCCCUCCAAUUUCUCUCCACACAAAACACCUUCAAUCUCUUACACAAAAUCUCACAUUCUUGCAGGACUUCCUCGAGAAUUAUUCCAUUAACGGCGGUGCCAUCAAAGAUUUCGAGCGCUUGGAGGGUCGUAUAGCAGAGGCAUCCUACGAAGCAGAGGACGUAAUCGAAUCCCAUGUGGUCGAUCAGAUUCAAGCUGCAAAUGCCAAAAGUGUUAAUAAUAAUGAAAACAAAUCCAAUUUCUUCAAAUUCUUUGGAGGUUUAUGCAAACCCACGAUCCGUGAGGAAAAUAUCCGUCCGGUCGACAUGUAUCAUCAAGGUCUGGAGAAAGUGAUGCAGGACUUGGAUUUGAUCAAGAAAGACGCGGAGGAGAUCGUGAAGCAGAUAGGAUGCCAGCUGGAGAGAAAUUAUUCGAUGCCAGCUGGCGGGCCGAGACCCCACCCUUCCGGGCCCCACGGAUCUAUGGUGGGUCUCGAUGAUGUGUUGCUCGAAGCCAUGGAUAAGCUGAUGGGACAGCACUCGGCUCGCCAGAUCCUCCCCAUUGUCGGUAUGGGUGGCAUUGGUAAGACCAUUCUCGCUAGAAAUUUGUAUUCACAUAAAACUGUGGAGGAACAUUUUUAUCUUCGCGGUUGGGCUACGAUUUCCCAACAAUACGAUUCGAAAGAAAUUCUCCUGGAAGUCCUUACUUGUCUCAAAAUCAUAGGGAGUAGGGAAAUGUUGAGCAAAAAGAAGGAAUAUGAAAUAGGAGAAAUAUUAUACAAAACAUUAUGCGGUCAAAAGUAUUUGAUCGUGAUGGACGACGUGUGGAGCGUCCGUGCGUGGGACAAGGUCAAGUUUUUCUUCCCCGAUAACAAUAACGGGAGUAGGAUAGUUAUAACUACUCGGCUGUCCGACUUGGCUUUCGAGCUGAGCGGCUCUCGUGGCCUCGAGAUGGGAUUUCUAGACGAGGACAAUAGUUGGAAGUUGUUCCGGAAAAGCGUCUUUGGAGAAAAAGACUGCCCUCCGGAAUUGGAAGAAAUCGGGAAGAAGAUUUCGAAAAACUGCAAAGGCCUUCCUCUGUCGAUCGUGGUGACCGGAGGACUACUCGCCAUGUCCGUCCAAACGCGCAAACACUGGCAAUACAUUGCGGAAAAUCUAAAUUCGGUAGUGAAUUUAAACGACAACGAACGUUGCUUGAGAAUACUACGUUUGAGUUACAACCACUUGCCCGUUCAUCUAAAGCCGUGUUUUAUUUACAUGGGAAUAUUCCCCGAGGACCAUCUCGUCAGCGCCUCCACGCUCGUCAAGCUAUGGGUAGCCGAAGGGUUUUUGAAACCGAUCGGAGAUAAAACCCUGGAGGCCACCGCCGAGGAGUACUUAAAGGAUCUUGUCCAGAGAAACCUUAUCUUAAUUCAAGAUCUCGGGGGCCAUGGAGACAUAAAGCGGUUCAGGAUCCACGAUCUCUUGAGAGACCUAUGCAUGAAAGAAGCCGAAAAGGACAGAUUCUUUUGUGUAGUAGCAACAGAUAAACCCAACGGUACCAAUCAACAAAUCUGGCAAACCCAACGACGAAUAGGAAUUCAAAGACGAGAAGAGAGUACUAACAAACACGUUCCCCGAGCAAUUCGUAACGCCGUUCGAUCCGCAACGCUCGCUCGUUCGUUGAUUUGUAGCGCCGACAAAUUACGGCGUCGUCCUUCCCAAUUGCUGAGAGUGUUCCACCGAAUCGAAGUAUUCAUUCCGGAAUACACGUAUUCCCUGAAAGACAUCUUCCGGCCGGUCAACUCGCGGCACAUUGUGGCCGCGGCUCGGUUAUCGAGGCCCGACCAGUUCCCUUCUUCGUUCUACCAUCUCUGGAAUCUGCAAACAUUGAUAAUCGACCUCGAAGUUCGGAAUGUCUCUUCUGCACCACCGGUGAUCGACAUAUGGAGGAUGCCUCGACUGAGGCACGUGAAUAUUUUCACGUUCCAUCUUCCGGAACCUGCGGCCGAUUCGACUGUUCUGUGGGACCUACAGACACUCAAGACAGUGUCGAGUUCGGAGUGGGGCGAAGAGGCGGUGAGGAGAAUCCCGAACGUGAAGAAGCUGAAUCUGAUGCUUCCGUACACGAAAGCCUCGUCGCGUGACGAUUACCGUCUCGACAAUCUGUGCAGGCUGCGUGUAGUGGAGUCGCUCUGUUGCAACUUUUACUGCAGGAAAGAGCCGUUCAUAAGACGAGAACACGACCUGGCUAUGAGCCUCGUGUUCCCACAUUCCAUCAGGAAGUUGACGUUAGUGCGCGCCAGCUUCCUUUGGGAUGAUUUGGCGGCCAAGGUCGGGAAUCUUCCGCAUCUUGAGGUGCUGAAGCUGAAAUUUCGGUCCUGCAAAGGGCUAAAGUGGGAAACGAUACAAGGACAGUUUUGUAGGCUCAAGGUUUUGGAGAUACAUUUGUGGCCUGAAGUGGAACACUGGAUGAUGGAAGAUUGGGACCACUUUCCGUGCCUUGAGCGCCUCGUUCUUGAUGAUUUUCAUAACUUGAAGGCGAUUCCUUUGGAAAUUGGAGAGAUACCGACGCUGAAAUGGAUACGGUUGAUCAACUGCAAUGAGUCGCUUGUUGCUUCGGUUAAGGAAAUGGUAGAGGUGCAACAGGAAAUGGGGAAUGAGGAGCUUACUGUGAGUGUUGCGCUGUAUGAGAAGAACCAAUUGGUGGAGAGUUUGGCUGGUCCAAAAUUUCAAGUUGAAGUCUGGUGA